AUGUCUCUUACUCUAGGUGCCGCUAUUUACAUUGCACUGAAACCUAUCUUUAAAAUAUAUACCAUUAUGUUUGUUGGUUAUCUACUAGCUAAGUUCGAUAUUGUUUCCAUGGAAAAUGCCAAAGGAAUAUCAAACAUGGUUGUUAACGCUAUUUUGCCCUGUCUGACCUUCAACAAAAUCGUUUCCAAUAUAUCCUGGAGAGAUAUCAAGGAGAUCGGAGUCAUAAUACUUUCUGCUUUUGUAUUAUUUGUUUUAGGUGCCACCGGUGCGUUAUUUACUAUAUUUACUACAACCGUUCCCAAGAAAUUCUUCUGGGGUCUCAUAUUUGCAGGUUUCUUCCCGAACAUAUCAGACUUACCUAUUGCUUAUAUUCAGAGCAUGGGUAAUGGCUCUAUUUUCAGUGCUGACGAAGCGGACAAAGGCGUUGCUUAUUCGUGCAUCUUUUUAUUUAUUCAAAGUUUCCUAAUGAUGAAUUUUGGAAUGUGGAGGGUGGUUGGACUGGAUUUUAGAGACACAAAAGAACUUGAUGGAGAAAAUAUUACUCUGCCAAAAAGCUCCACUAAGGAAGGUUGUGAAUUUACCGGACUCUCAAAGUUACCAAGUAUUGAACGUCCUUCAAACAUUUAUCAAUCGGAUGUUAAAAGAAGUAUCACCAAUUUAUCUUGUAACUCGAUCGCUACAAAUGAUAUGUCACCACAGGCCUACUGUGAAAGUCUGAGUGGCUAUACCAAACCUUAUAAGGGGUUCACUCGUCAAGAAUUAAAUGGUCGGUCCUUUAAAUUUGAAAACAGUUUCUCACGUGCUGAAAUAUACAGAAUUUCCUCAACUUAUUCAAGUCCAGGCGCCUUGGAAUUCUCAAAAAUAGGUGACGGCUCCUUCUCCCACAGUCUUACAUCAAUGCACACCAGUUGUAGGAGCUCUAUAAGAAAAAGAAGAGCGGCUAUGAAUGAAUUGAUCUCAAAAUACAGUGCUGCUGAAAAAAUAAGACAAGGUGAACUAGAUUUAUCAAGACCACUCUCCUUAACUGAAGAAGUUGGAAGCAGGAAUGCAAGUUUUGGUAAUAUGCACACUGAUACUACUGACCAAAGUUUUAUUCAUGAAGAGAGUUGCGCUAAUAAUAAUAAAGGUAUGAAGUUCGAUUUGUCUGUGUUUUUAGAAAGGCACAACUUAAAAUGGUUACAGUACUUUGUUAUAAAUUGUUUGAGGCCAGCAUCUUUAGGGGCAAUUUUAGGCAUUACAUGUGCAUUGAUACCAUGGGUUAAAGCGUGCUUUGUAGCAACAUAUGUUCAUGUCCAUAAGGCACCUGAUGGAAAACCUGUUUUGAACUUUCUUAUGGAUUUUACCGAAUAUAUUGGAAAUGCGUGUGUUCCACUGGGUCUUUUACUACUGGGCGGUACUUUGGCAAGAUUGGAAGUUAAAUCAUUACCGCCUGGGUUCAUUAAAUCGGCGGUUUUAAUGACGUGCUUUCGUUUAAUUGUUAUACCUAUCAUUGGCGUCCUUUGGGUCAAUAAACUGUACUCGAUGAAUUGGUUAGAUACGCGCAUAGGAAAAUUUGAUAUGAUAUUAACAUGGUCUAUGCCAAGUGCCACCGCUCAAGUAUAUUUCACUGCCUUUUAUACCCCCGCAUGUGGAGAUCACAUCCAAAUGAACUGUUUGUCUGUCUUAUUUGUCAUACAGUAUGCGAUUCUUUUUGUCACAGUGGCAUUUGUUGUUACAUAUACCCUAAAGGUCGAUUUAAAAGUUUAA